UUUUUUUUCUUUCUUUUGUAGGAAGAAUAUAAACGGUGUGAAAGACAAGAAGCUGAUGGGAAAUCAAACAAGAGUUCAAAGUCCAAGAAGAAAUGUAUAGCUGCUGAUGACACUAAAAGGGGCUCCAAACGACCUGACUUGAAAGCUAUAACUAAGAUGAUGGAGAUGGGAGCUAUUCUAAACCCUGAGAAGAGGUUUGGCUCCAUUCCAGGAAUUGAUGUUGGUCAUCAAUUUUUCUCUCGGGCUGAGAUGGUGGUUGUUGGUUUUCACGGUCAUUGGCUGAAUGGAAUUGAUUUUAUUGGCACGGCUGCUCGUAAAUGGCUGAAUAUUUAUGAGGCCAUAGGCCAUGUAAAAGGAGUGAUAUGUAGCUUUACCCUCGGGUUCAGAAAUAUCUUGCCUAUUCAGCUAUCAGAUUUGCCAUCUGUUGAGGGACUUUUUGCUGGAAUUUCAAAACUAAAUACCCACGUUUUGCUGGAUUGUAGUCAGUACACACUACCCCUUGCAACAUCUAUUGUCUUGUCUGGCCAGUAUGAAGACGAUCAAGACAACUGUGAGGAAGUUGUCUACACUGGUCAAGGUGGCAACAACUUGCUCGGUAAUAAGCGUCAGAUCAGAGAUCAAGUAAUGGAACGUGGUAAUCUGGGACUAAAGAACUGUAUGGAGCAAUCCAUACCUGUUAGAGUGACUCGUGGACACUUAUGUCGAAAGACUGAAAACAGCUAUGCAGGAAAGGUUUACACAUAUGAUGGCCUAUACCAGGUUGUCAAAUACUGGGCUGAAAAGGGUGUAUCUGGAUUCACGGUUUAUAAAUUUCGACUGAAGCGGCUUGAUGGACAGCCACCACUGACGACAAAUCAGGUUUAUUUUACUCGAGGCCGUAUUCCUAAUUCAAUAUCUGAAAUACGCGGGUUGGUGUGUGAAGACAUUACUGGAGGCCAAGAAGAUAUUCCCAUUCCUGUUACUAAUUUGGUUGAUGAUCCACCUAUCCCUCCUAAAGGUUUCAACUACAUCAAGGAUAUGAAAUAUUCUAAGAAUAUAAAUCUCCGUACAAAUGCUCCCCCUGGAUGCAAUUGUCAAGACAAGUGUACAGAUCCUAGAACUUGUGCUUGUGCUAAACUUAACGGAGGCGAUUUCCCAUAUGUGCACAGCCAUGGCGGGAGAUUAAUUGAGCCAAAGGCUGUUGUGUUUGAAUGCGGUCCAAAUUGUGGCUGUGGACCUAAUUGUGUCAAUCGGGUAUCCCAGAGGCCACCUAACUAUCGACUAGAGGUAUUUCGUACCCCAAGGAUGGGUUGGGGUGUCAGAUCCUGGGACUAUAUACCUUCUGGGGCCCCUGUUUGUGAAUACAUUGGUUUGCUUAUGAAGACAGAUGAUCUAGACCCUGCUGCUGAUAACAGUUAUGUUUUUGACAUUGAUUGCUUGCAAACAAUGAACGCACUGGAUGGAAGAGAGAGACGACUGAGGGACGUGGCUUUGCCAUCUCACGUGGGAAAAGUUGAUGAUACAUCCGAGAGUGUGCCAUUUUGCAUUGACGCAGGCCAGACUGGUAAUUUUGCUCGGUUCAUCAAUCAUAGCUGCCAACCCAAUUUGUUCGUUCAAUGCGUGUUAAGCAAUCAUCAUGAUAUUAAACUUGCUCGGGUGAUACUAAUGGCUGCUGACAAUAUAACACCACUCAAGGAACUUACAUACGAUUAUGGGUAUGCUCUUGAUAGUGUGAUGGAUCCGAAUGGCAAGAUCCGACAAAUGCCUUGCUAUUGUGGAGCUGCAGAAUGUAGAAAACGCCUAUUCUAAUUCUGAUUGAGUUCAUAGACGGAAGCUACAAACUACUUCAAUUGUCCAUGACUCAUCAUUUAAAACUUUAUUUUAUCCUGUGUAGAGAAAGCCAGUCAAUGUAAUUUUUGGAAUCUUCGUUACCUUGUUGGAGGUUUAAUGAAAUUUUCCUAUAUGAACAAAUGUGUUGGAAGAAUACGAUAAUAUUUGUGUUAUAACACAUGGAUUAGAAUGUAUUAUAAGUCUGAAACUAUUAAAAUGUUUGUAUUAUUUAGUAUGCGAUCAUAUAUGGAUCUUCAAAAUCCAUUGGCCA